AUGUCUGUCGUUGGAAUCGAUUUCGGAACCCUCAAGACCGUCAUUGCCAUUGCCCGAAACCGCGGUGUCGACGUUGUCACCAAUGAAGUCUCAAACCGAGCAACCCCUUCUCUGGUAGGAUUCGGACCCAAGUCUCGCUACCUCGGUGAGGCCGCCAAGACCCAGGAGAUCUCCAACCUUAAGAACACCGUCAGCUCCCUCAAGCGACUCGCUGGCCGAUCAUUCAACGACCCCGAUAUUCAGGUUGAGCAGCAAUAUGUUACCGCUCCUCUCGUCGAUGUCAACGGCCAGGUCGGUGCCGAGGUCAACUACCUGGGCAAGAAGGAGCACUUCACAGCUACCCAGUUGGUUGGCAUGUACCUGAGCAAGAUCAAGCAGACCGCCGGUGCCGAGCUGAAGCUACCUGUUCAAGAUGUCUGCAUGAGUGUGCCUCCUUGGUUCACUGAUGUCCAGCGCCGUGCUCUUAUCGACGCUGCCGAGAUUGCCGGCCUCCGCGUCCUCCGCCUCAUCAAUGACGGCACUGCUGCCGCUCUUGGCUGGGGUAUCACAAAGCUCGACCUGCCCGCUCCCGAGGAGCCAGCUCGCCGAGUUUGCUUUAUCGACAUUGGACACAGCAGCUACACUGUUUCCAUUGUUGAGUUCAAGAAGGGCGAGCUUGCCGUCAAGGCCACUACUUGGGACAAGGACUUUGGUGGCCGAGACUUCGACCGCGCUCUUGUCGAGCACCUUGCCAAGGAGUUCAAGGGCAAAUACAAGGUCGACAUCAUGACCCACGGCCGUGCCCUCGCCCGUACCAUCGCUGCCGCCGAGAAGACCAAGAAGAUCCUGUCUGCCAACCAGCAGGCCCCCGUCAACAUCGAGUCGCUCAUGAACGAUAUCGAUGCCUCCGCCAUGAUCACCCGCCAGGAGUUUGAGGCCAUGAUUGAGCCCCUCCUCCAGCGAACCCACCACCCCCUUGAGGAGGCUCUGGCUCAGGCCAAGCUCACCAAGGAGGAUAUUGAUAUUAUCGAGGUUGUUGGUGGUGGUUCUCGUGUUCCUGCUCUCAAGGAGCGCAUCCAGUCUUUCUUCGGCAAGACUCUUUCUUUCACUCUCAACGCCGACGAGGCUCUUGCCCGUGGUUCCGCCUUCAGCUGUGCCAUUCUUUCUCCCGUCUUCCGUGUCCGAGACUUCGCUGUCCAGGACAUCAUCAGCUACCCCAUUGAGUUUGGCUGGGAGAAGGCCCCCGAUAUUCCUGAUGAGGACACCAGCUUGACUGUCUUCAACAAGGGCAACGUUAUGCCAUCAACCAAGAUCCUCACUUUCUACCGAAAACAGCCCUUCGACCUCGAGGCUCGAUAUACCCAGCCCGAGCUUCUCCCUGGCAAGACUAACCCUUGGAUCGGCCGCUUCUCUGUCAAGAACGUCAAGGCCGAUGGCAAGGACGACUUCAUGAUCUGCAAGCUCAAGGCGCGUGUCAACAUCCACGGUGUUCUCAACGUCGAGACCGGCUACUAUGUUGAGGAGGAAGAGGUCGAGGAGGAGGUCAACGAGGACCCCGAUGUGAGUUUGCCUGCGCCGCCUAUGGCUGCUAGUUCCCCCCCUGACUCGGUUUCUACUUCAUCGUCCGCAACCGUCGGAGACGACAGUUGUGCCUAUCCCGUUAAGCGGCAACGUCUCAAUAAUGACGAAGAUGACAAACUGUUCUGUUCUGCUGCUGUCGUCGAUGAAGAUUUAGAAACUUCAAUUUACGAGAACCGAUCGCUAACAUAUACUUCUCACAAGGCCAUGGAAACCGAUAAGGAUGCCCCCAAGAAGACCCGCAAGGUCAAGAAGCAGGUCCGAAAGGGUGACCUGCCCAUCUCCACUGGCAGUGCUUCAUUGGACGACUCCACCAAGGCCAGCCUUCUCGAGAAGGAGUCUGCUAUGGUGAUGGAAGACAAGCUUGUCGCCGACACCGAGGAGAAGAAGAACGAGCUCGAGGCUUACAUCUACGACCUCCGUGCCAAGCUUGACGAGCAGUACUCUGAGUUUGCUAGCGACGAGGAGAAGGAGACCAUCAAGGCCAAGCUUGAGGCUACUGAGGAUUGGCUGUACGAGGAUGGCGAGGACACCACUAAGGGUGUGUACGUUGCCAAGAUCGACGAGAUCCGUGCCAUGGCUGGUCCAAUUGUCCAGCGCCACUUUGAGAAAGUCGAGGCCGAGCGACAAGCCGCUCUGGAGAAAGCCGAGGCCGAACGGGCUGCGAAGAAGGCUGAGGAGGAUGCUCGCAAGGCUCAGGACGCCGAGAAGGCCACCGCCGACCAGGAGAUGAAAGAUGCCGACGUUCAGGACGCUGAAGGCACAGCCGACCCCCAGUAA